AUGAAGUGGGUCCACGAGCGAUCUGAUAACAAAGGAUAUGAGAUGAUUGAUUUCUCUUUCGUUCUCUUUCAGAUGCCGAGAAACAGACGUCUCCAGAAACACGGGGAGGGGGCAGGCGCCUCCAAAACUGGGGUGGAGGGUUCGGUGGAGGAGGAGGUGGAGGGCACGGUGGAGGAGGAGGUGGAAGAUACGGUGGGGGACACGGUGGGGGACACGGUGGAGGAGGAGAUGGAAGACACGGUGGAGGGCACGGUGGAGGAGGAGGUGGAAGACACGGUGGGGGACACGGUGGAGGGCUCGGUGGGGGCUGGUGGGGAGGAAAUGGGGAUUCGAACGAAGCGGGAACAGGGGGGACCACGAGCACGACGAUGGGCACGAUCACCACCACCAGCACCUCGCAACAGCAGCCACAACAAAAUUCUGGUGGAGGAAGCUGGCGACAAGGAAACGGAGGAUAUAACUGGAGUUUCGAUUACAACGGGACCCUUGACGGAAACGGAUGGAAUGGUCACGGAGGAGGAGGGGGACAAUGGGGAGGAAGAGGUGGCCAACGGGGAGGUGGCGGAGGCGAGCACGGCAACAAAGAAAGGGGAGGAGGAAGAGGAGGUAACUGCAGGGGUUUCCGGCGAAAGGACAAACAAUGACAACAACGGGGGAGGAGGCGGCGGCAAAUAUGGAGGUGACGUAAGCCACAACGGAGGAGGUGGAGGCCAUUUCGGAAGAGGUGGGGGCCAUUUCGGAAGAGGUGGGGGCCACUUCGGAGGGCGAGGGCACGACUUCGGAGGUAGCAGAGGCCACUUUGGGGGUCGAGGAGGCAUCUUUGGAGCGAAGAGAGAAACAGGGGAACAAGAGGAAGUGGAGAUGCAAACAACUCUAACAGCAGUGAAGGAGACGCAGAAGAUUCCAGCGAAGAAAAAAACAAUAGCACAAAUAGAGGAGGUAGUGGAGGCACCUCUGGAGGUGGCGGAGGAAACUCUGGAGGAAGUGGAGGUGGAGGAGGAAGCUCUGGAGGAAACGGAGGUAGUGGAGGAAACUCUGGAGGAAGUGGAGGUAGUGGCGGUAGUGGAGGAAACUCUGGAGGAAGUGGAGGAAACUCUGGAGGAAGUGGAGGAAACUCUGGAGGAAGUGGAGGAAACUCUGGAGGAAGUGGAGGAAACUCUGGAGGAAGUGGAGGAAAUGGAGGUGGAGGAGGAAGCUCUGGAGGAAGUGGAGGUGGAGGAGGAAACUCUGGAGGAAGUGGAGGUAGUGGAGGAAACUCUGGAGGAAGUGGAGGUAGUGGCGGUAGUGGAGGAAACUCUGGAGGAAGUGGAGGAAACUCUGGAGGAAGUGGAGGGAGUGGAGGAAACUCUGGAGGGAACGGAGGCAGUGGAGGCAGCUCUGGAGGAAGUGGAGGCGGAGGAGGAAGUUCUGGAGGAAAUGGAGGAGGCGGAGGUGGUGGAGGAAACUCUGGAGGAAGUGGAGGGAGUGGAGGGAACUCUGGAGGGAACGGAGGCAGUGGAGGCAGCUCUGGAGGAAGUGGAGGUGGAGGAGGAAGCUCUGGAGGAAAUGGAAUAG